AUGAAAGAUAGAAGCACAAUUACAGAGAACCAUUAUGUAUUGGUGAGGCUUCCUUCCGCUGGUAUGAAGGUGGUUGAGUUGAGGAAAGGUGGAAACAUAGCGUUGGGCAAGUUUGGUGCUUUUAAUGUUGACGAUGUAUUGGGGUACACCUACGGACAAUCAUUUGAAAUCAUCGACAACGAUAAACUCCGACCAAUUAAGAGCUUGUCUGAAGAGGUUGAGAUGAAAGAGGAAAGUUCUGAAGAUGUAGAGGCAGAAGGAGACGAAGAAAUCAUCAAAGAUAGGUUAAUCAAGAUGCUCUCAAAUAGCUCUGAAAAUAACCAGAAUAUCAUUAACAUUGGCUCCAAGAUCCAAAAGUUGACCAACGAAGAAAUCGAUGAGCUCAAGAAGUCUGGUGCGACUUCCAAUAUCGGUCAACUCAUAAUACAAAAGAUGAUUGAAGGACACGAAGGAUUUGAUAAGAAGACCAUCUUCUCUCAACAGAAAUACUUGAAAAGAAAGCAAGAGAAGUUCUUAAGACGAUUCACCAUAGACUAUCUUGGUUCUUCACAAAUGUUACAAUACUACUUGGAAAAAGACUCUUCCAAGUUGUUGGAUAUGAGUGAAGAAACGUUAGGUCUGUUAAUGACUUACUCCAACGUGAAACCUGGAGGGAAAUAUUUAUUGAUUGACGAAACUGGAGGGGUGAUCUUAUAUUCCAUGUUGGAAAGAAUGAAUUGUGAAGGUACGGUGGUGUUGAUCCAUGAGAAUGAACACGCCAAUUAUAGUGCUUUAAAGCAUUCGAAUUUGUCUGAUGAUUUGAUCAGAAGCAAAGUGAAGAUGAUCAACUGGUUGCAAAUUUUGGAACCUGAAAACGAGAAAAUUGAUUUCCAAUCGUUCAGUGAAGCUGAACUAAAUGAAAUGAAGGCUCCAAAGAGGUCUCAGUACUAUAGGCGUCAAAAGAGGGCUAAUGACAUAAAUGAAGUCAUCGAAAUGGUUCAACAAGGUAACUUUGAUGCAUUUAUUUCGAUAACAACCUUGGAUCCUACCACCUACUUGCCAUUUGUGAUUCCGAAGGUCGGGGGUUCGAGACCCAUUACCGUUUACAGCCAGUUCAAGGAGACAUUACUCCAAACUCAGCAUUUCUUGAGUUCCGAUAAGAGAAUAUUGGCUCCUUCUAUAUUUGAAACGAGAGUCAGACCUUAUCAAACCAUUCCUGGUAGAAUUCAUCCAUUGAUGACAAUGAGAGGUUAUGGAGGUUAUAUCAUGGUGGGUACCAGAGUGUUUCCCAAAGAAUCUGUCCAGGCCGUUGGAAGAGGAAUGGGAAGAAGGAAAACUCCUAAAAAAGAUGAAAGUUCAAUGGAGCCUGAAGAUUCUCAGAGGGGAGAAACUCCCUACGUACCUGAAGAUUCCCAGAAGGAAGACACUUCAUUCGUACCUGAAGACUCUAUGGAGUUGGAAAAAUGA